UUCAUCAUUUUCUUCUUUACCCCCGUCGUCUUCUUCCUCUCUCUCUCUCUCUCAGAAAAGAAAAUUUCAGAGUCCUCUGUUUUCACACAUUCACUACGUUAAUGGAGGUUCACUCUCAGCCCCUUUCAACAUCCUUAAACCACACUUCAUUUCCAUACCCUCUCAACUCCCACUCCAUUUACGACCCUCCUGAGAAUCACCAACCCUCUUCCUCCGGCGACUGCCCGGUCAUCGGUAUUUCCGAACAUGAAGACUUUAAAAUGCCCUUCUCCUCCGACAGCGACCACUUACCGACCCAGAUGAUCAACGGAGACGGCGGCGAUGACGCGAACUCGGCACUGCGGCGCUCGGCAGUGAAGCUGCAGAAAGUGUACAGGAGUUACCGGACCCGCCGGCUGUUGGCGGAUUCCGCCGUCGUCGCGGAAGAGCUCUGGUGGUUUGCGUUAGACUAUGCUAGAUUGAAUCACAGUACGAUUUCCUUCUUCAAUUACUUGAAACCUGAAACGGCUGCUUCUCGCUGGAACCGAGUCACUUCGAAUGCUUCGAAGGUGGGAAAAGGGCUAUCAAAGGAUGCUAAAGCUCAGAAACUUGCUUUUCAGCAUUGGAUCGAAGCUAUUGAUCCCAGACAUAGAUAUGGGCAUAGUUUACAUUUCUAUUAUGAAGAAUGGUGUAAAGCUACAGCUGGUCAGCCAUUUUUCUAUUGGCUUGAUGUUGGAGAUGGAAAAGAUGUUGACCUUAAAGAAUGCCCGAGAUCGAAACUCCGACAGCAAAUCAUCAAGUAUCUUGGACCUCAAGAGCGAGAAAACUACGAAUACAUCGUUGUUGAUGGGAAAAUCGUCCAUAAACAAAGUGGAACUUUCCUUGAUACAAAGAGAGGACCAAAAGGAACGAAGUGGAUAUUUGUAAUGAGCACUUUUAAGAGGCUUUAUGCUGGUGAGAAAAAGAAAGGAGCUUUCCACCACUCAAGUUUCUUGGCAGGAGGAGCCACAUUGGCUGCUGGGAGGCUGGAGGUAGAUGAUGGAGUUCUUAAGGCAAUCUCAGCAUAUAGUGGACAUUACAAGCCUACCGAUGACCAUCUCGACAUCUUCUUGAAAUUCCUUGAGGAUAACGGUGUGGUUCUUCAGGAUGUCGAGGUACAUCGGGCAAAUGAAGAUUCCGAAAGCUACGACGAUUUAAAGUCGGUCGGAGGAGGUCGAACAAAGGCUGAUUUUGUCUGCAAACUAGAAGCACUUGACAUCAAAACAAUUGAGGAAGGGGAAGUUGAGAUUUCCUCAAAAUCAGCUCAGGUCUCCCAAGUUGGAGGCAAAAUAGAAUACAAGAGGACAUUAUCUGGUGGCCUAAAGAGCCCGAGAGCUGAUGUGCCAAAGAAGGCGAUAUUUCAAAGAAUUAACUCAAAGAAGAUAGCAAACUCCUAUCAGUUGGGCCAUCAACUUUCACUCAAAUGGACAACAGGAGCAGGUCCGAGAAUUGGGUGUGUUGCCGACUACCCGGUCGAGCUACGAGUACAGGCAUUGGAGCUUGUUAACCUAUCUCCGAGGACUCCUCCUACUCCAUUGGACUCGAAGAGGAUGGCGGGUUUCCUGACCCCAAGGACACCAACAAAGGAUACCCUCAAUGCUGAUGAUAGUUCCAACUUUUGAAACCAGUUGUUGUAUCCUUAAGUCAUCAUUCCAACUUAUGGUGCUAUGUAACUAUGCAAACGAUCUGGAAUGUAAUGCUUAUCUUCAUUAUUUUCUGUCAACUGAUCAAUGUUAGUGAACUUAUUGGAGCAUCAUCUUAGUAUGUAAAAUUAGAGCUUCUUCUCCUUGACAAAUAAAUUCUCAUUUAGGAUU